AGGUACUGCCUCUCGCCUCCUGGGAUAAGAUCUUAGCCCCUCGUCUUCUGGGAUUCUGUACCGCGGUGCUUGGGCUCCCGAGAUGCGGGAGCCUUCUGUGGGGUGAGCACCCGUCUGAACAACGGCUCCUGCCUUUGCUCCAAGAACAUCCCCGAGUUCAUUCGUUCCCACGUGCCCUGGAGGGGUGCUGGUCUCUGUGGUGCCCGCUGGUUUUUCUAGAGACCUCUUUCGUUGUGUGAUUUUUAAGUGCGAUCCUCAGUGCCCUACCGGGAUGCUGAAGUGGGGAGGUACCAGGUGUGGGCUGUCCAUGGCGUAGCGCUGCUUUCUGCCCCUGAGUCUGGGCUGGAGACAACUCGGCCACUUUCCCGGGACUGCCACCAACACAGAACUCUGAUCUGAAUUUCACAGACACAAAUUUAAGUAUUGUUGAUUGUUGCUGUUCAACAUCACAAGCUAUUUUGCAGAAGAGUUUUAGUGAAUUAUACAAUGGAAUUCCUAGGUUUAGUGACAAGACCCAGACCAGAUAGGUAGAAUUUCCUCCUUUCAGGCCUUCAUAGCUGACAGAUUUUAAAAGAUUUUAAAAAUCUUUGAAUUGAAGUUGUUGUCACAUGGGUUUUGGAUUCAAAAGGGAUUAUUUUAUAGAUAACUCACUUUAUAGUUGGUCUGUGUAUUUGUAAGAGAGGGAUUUUUUUUUUUUUUUUUGGUUCGUGCAGGUAUUAACAACCCUGAAAAACACGUACAUGCCAUUUUCCACACUUUCUCAAAACAAGUUGCCGAGAAACAAGAUGUAAAUCAGAUAUUUUUUAUUAUUCUAUGCAAAUUUAUAUGCAAGCAUUCUUUUUCCUUACGCUGAGGCAAGAUUCAGAUUUCUUGAGAAGCACAUGCAAGAUGGUUUUGUCAGUAUAUAAAGGAGAGCUGGGGCGUUAAUGUUUUGGUGGUUAUUGAUGUGAAGACUGCAUUCUAAGGAAGAAAAUCUGUAAGUGAUGUAGAUAUAUUACCUGAAGGUGUUGGUGAGGGAGUGACUUGAGGAUCCUAAAGCUGCCUCUGAUAUUUCAGACAUUUAUCACAGUAAUAAUGGUGUUGCAGUAGUUCCCCUUAGUUUGGGAAGUCUGUGUGGCAGUGCUUGGGUCCUCUUCUGUUUCUGCUUCUCUGAGCUUGUGUGGGGACAGGGAUGGAGCAUGAAAUGCAAAACUCAAGUGAGUUCUAUUGUGCCUUGAACUUCUUGUAAAUGUGCACUCUGUCCACAGGAAGCAAAACCACUGAAGUCAGUUGAGAAGAACUGGCCCAGGAAGAUCUGGUGUAUUUAGAGGAAUAAAUUCAAAUAGAUUUCCAGAUCUUGCUGUUUUACUUGAAGGGCCAUUUGUGACUUUUACAAGGUGUUGGUAAAUGUCCUGUUACACUGAACCAGAAUUUAGUUUCGCACUUGGCUCUAAACAAGUGAAAUUGUUGGUCUGUGCUAGGACUGAAUAGAUGAGGUUUGUUAGUGGUUGGGUACAGAGAACAAAUAUGAGAUUUCCUCACUUCCAGAACUGUUUGUACCUCCUGAGCAACACCAGCCACGGCCUGUGUAGGCAAUAAUAUGUGCUAUGUCCUGUGCUGUGAUUCCAUUGCAAAUAAACUUUAUGUCCUGGGGCUAAUCUUUGGGUUUUUUUCCUGUGUAUUAUGUACAGGUUCUCUUGUUCUCGUUUUUGUUGAUGCUUUGGGAGUUGCCCCACUGAAGUGAGGAGGAGCAGUAGAAGGCUGAGAUGUUACUCGGUGUCGGUGUUUUGUGUCCUCCGUACACAAACCUUCAGCCUGUGCUGUGGGAGCCUUUGUGCCCCAAGGCCUGAGGGUCGGCAGGGGCACAGCUGUGGGCGCUGCUGCAGUUUGGAGCAAAGCCCUUGUUUGUUUGGCCUGAGCAGGUGAGUAUGGGUGGGACCAGGGCUUCAGCGAGCAUGUUCCCCGCGAACGAGCAGCUUCCAAGUCUUGGGGCUUUGUCACUGGAAUCCAGCUCUUGGGCCUACAGCUCCACAAAAGUAGCCACUGAAAGCUGGACUGGAAAAGGGUUAAAGAGCCUUCCCUUUCACCUUUGGCAAAUACGCAAGGAAUACUUGGAAAAGAAAGAGAUGUCAGGAAUGCUGCUGGGAGGAGGGACAGCUGUUUGUUUUUUGUCCUCCCCAAAGUACAUUCUAUUUAAAUAUUUACAUGUUCUCUUGCUAAACAGCUUUCCUUUUUUUUUCUAUACUUUUCUGAUUUAUUAUUAAGUUAUGAAUUUAAUUUAAUAGGGGGAGACAGGUUUGUAAUUGCUAAUUCUUCUGCUUCAAGUUGAAAAAGCAUUUCUGUUGUUUUUUUCACUCAGAGAAGUAUGAUGCUAGAGUUUUCUAACAGAUUUAAGUGGUUUCAUUGAGGCUUGGUUUUCGUCUUUUAAUAUUAUUGCUUCUUUUCAUGUACUUUCUAUAUUUUAUAAUCUCAGUAAGCUAUCUGAACAUCCAGUAAAAAUAGAAAACUUGAGACAAUAUAGCCUUGAAGAGAAAGCAGUGGAAGACUAAUAAUAAAUGUAAUUGCAGAACAUUAAUAAUGUAGAUAAUAAAGUAAAGCACUUGUAGAUGCAAAAAUUAUAUAUUUGUUAUUCAUAAACAACUCUGAAUGGCCCCUGGGUCCUUCAUUGGGUAUACCUGUCCCAGCCUUGGUCACACUCUGGGGAUGUGUUUUGCACUGAUUCUCCUGCAAGAUCACUGCAUCUAGAACUGUGUACCUACUGAAGGCAUCUGUUUUAAGUAUUAGUUUAAAAAAUCAGCAGUAUUUAAGGACAUGAAGCAUCUUGGAUUACAAAGCUCUUGCAGGGGUGGGAAGAGUGAAAACAGAGCUUCUGAGGCUCCAGAGAAAAUGCUGCAGCACAGGUUUGGUAUUACAGCUGGGAGGUAAUCCUCUGAAAUAACAGAUCAUGGGAGACACCAGUUGUGUCUGUAGCCUUUGUUGGGCUGAGGCCUUGGUCACUAAACGUAGUUCAAAAUUGAAGGUAUUUCACUUCAGUGUAAAAUGAGUUUUACAAGGAACGUGUAUGCACACAGUACAUGCCUUCAGUACACAGUUUGAAAGUAAGGUAGCGUGAGGAAGGGUCCCCAUUUAAUUUGAUAGUAGUAUAAUGCCUUUGGAUAGUUUUAAUUUUGUCAGAUGCGUGGCUGAGCUGUUUGUUUUUGAGGAGGUGUGAAUAUAACUGAGGAAGCUUCGGUGAGUAGAUUGCCCCAUUUUUUAUGAGGUGACUGACAGAACUGACAGACUUUGGCAGAAUCAGUACCCUAUAAUCAUUAUUUUGGAUGUAUUCCUUACUCUUUCCUAUAAUUCCCCAUUUAAUCCCCUUGUCAAAGACUGUGGCAAAAGUUGCAACUAAAGAUCGAGCAGCUGAUGUAUUUGUGUGGGCUCAGGGAAGCGUGUGCUGGUUUGCAGUGGCCGCACAGGUCCCGGCGUGAGCAGAAUCUCAGCCAGGAUUCGCUCAGUGCCCAGAACUCUGGUCUGGACGGAAUCCUCAGUUUAACGUUGAAGUGACUCUGGCAACUACAAAUCCCAGGGAGCUUUGCUGGGAGCAGGUUUGUGCAGGAGGGUUGGCAUCCUGCAGGGACCAAUGGCAGCGGAGAACUCCUCAAACCCCUGCGUGUCAGCUGCCAGCGCUCCAAAGCGCCGGAGAGAGCUGGAGACCGGAGUGGGAACCGCCUGUUGCCCUGGGCUGAUUUAAAGUCCUCUGUGAGCUGUGAAUUGACAUCGUAUUCUACAACCUCUGUGCCGGCUGGAAAAAGCCCGCGGGAGUAGUGCCGAUGGAUGCGAUUCUGAACUGCAGCGUGGAGGAUUUGGAGGAUUACUACAACUUGCUGGGAUGCGAUGAGCUAUCGACGGUUGAACAAAUUCUUGCAGAAUAUAAGAUUAAAGCCCUUGAAUGUCAUCCUGACAAGCAUCCUGGAAACCCCAAAGCAGUGGAGAGUUUCCAGAAGCUGCAGCAAGCUAAGGAGGUUCUCACUAACGAAGAAAGCCGGGCGCGCUACGAUUACUGGCGACGGAGCAAAAUCACCAUCCCCUUCCAGCAGUGGGAGGCCCUGAGCAGCUCCGUGAAAACGUCAAUGCACUGGGCUGUCCAAAGUAAGAAGGAACAAAUGCUGGAAGCUCCUGACUUCAGUAAUACUGACAUAACUCAUGAGAUUUGGACCCAGCAGAGGGAAAACAAUGAAGAUGGAUUGUUGGAAGGGAACAGGGAGCAAGAAGAUGUUGCAACUCCUGAUGUGAAGCCACAGUCUUCAAAGAAUCCAGACUCCCCAAGAUUUUCAGAGGGAAAUUACUGGCACUUGCGUUUCCGCUGGUCAGGUGAUGCUCCAUCAGACCUUCUGAGGAAAUUCAGAAACUAUGAGAUCUAAAACGCAGAAUAUACAAGAGCAUGAGAUCAUGUGUUCAACAGCUCAGUAUUUUUUUUUUGUGUCAGCAUUUAUAAGUUAUUUGUAUUUUGUAUUCACUUGUUGUAACGUGAACGUUGUCCCAAUCGAUGUCUAAAUAUGGAUUUAACACGUGCUGUGAGCAUUACAGGUGGAGGUCUUUCUGUUCAACAAGCAAAGCCUUUUCAGUAUUAACAUGAAAUGAUUUUGUGAAGUUGUCUGGUGUCUUAUAUAUCGUUUCUUGUAUUCUGGAAUACUGCAUAGUGAUUGAUAUUUUUCUGAUUGCUGUGAUGUUAUAAAGAACAUACUCUCAGUAGAACAGAAAGUCCUUGUGGGACUCCAGGGUAUCGUUCUAUUCAGAGAUGAUCAUCCUAAAGCUGUUUGACAAUGAACUGUAAACAAAACUGUGCUUAUUUCUGAACUCUGUGCUCUGGCUCACUUCUCCAUGGCAUUGUACUCACUGCAAUGAUUUAUAAUGCAGGCAUUACAAACUUAACUUCUUGGAGGAUUGUGAUCUUAUGAUAGAGAUGAAAGAAGAAGGUUCUUAUUAUCCGAGGAGGUCACUGUGAUAGAUCAAGCACUCCUAAAAAAUCACUUGCUUUCUACCAUAACAAGUACGCUUUUUGCACCAGCUGUUUAUUUUGGAAGGCAGUUCCAGAACUUUACCUGUCUAGUUAGCAACGUUUUUUAAUUAAGAUUUAUUGGUGGACAACUGGUCCUCCUUGCUACAUCUGCCAACAUUGUCCUAUGGCUUCGUAGCAAUUUCCCUCCCUGCUGAGGUGGGGGUAAACGUGGUUUUAUCAGUUUUUAUCAGAAUGAAGAAUCGGAGAAGUCAGCACUAAUGUGUACAAAAUCUCACAUGCUAGUUUUUUUGAUAUUUUGGGCAACUUUUCAAAUUCUACAUAGUUGUUUAUUUAUUUUGUAUUUGCUUUCUUCUUUGCAAAUCUGGCUAAUAUGUCAGGUAUUAACACUGUGGUUUUGUGCGGGCAGAUAAUUCCAUCAGCAGCAAAUAAAACUGCCUGCAUACUGGAAAGGGUUUGCUUUCAUCUUUUUAACUAAAUCCUUCACCCACCACAGAGAUCCCUUUAGAAUUUCUUGUUGUUUGUACCCUCAGUGGGUAAAAGCUUAAGGGAGCUUAAGUUGUGUAUCUGGGGCAUCUCACUGGAAAGUGUAACCUGAAAAGUCCAGUGUUCUGCCAACAUGGAAACAAUGUUUUGAUGUCUGUCUCCCCCACGCAGGGGCUGAUGUGUUGACUGACCUACUGUGCUUCCCCUUGCAUAUUUUGCAGCUGGAAACAUUAUAGAGAUGAGUUUUAUAAUUCUCUAAUAUCUGGUGAAUUUAAUCACCAUUUCUUUUCUAGUGCAUUUGCUGCUUUACUUCAUAGAAACAUAUUUGCUCAAGAAAAACUUUCAGUCCCUAUUAUAAAGAGGGAUUGUAAAGUGUCAAACAGUAGGAACAGGAUAAACUCGAGUUCAUUUGAAGGAUGUACAGUAAUAGGGAACAAUUUUCUCUCUAACAAAAAGGUGGGAAUGCAGCCAGCUGGAGCACUUCGAAUCAGGUGAAGGCUCAGAUUCUUCUCUCACCAUUUCGCUUGCCAGUAAAGGUAAAAGGGGGUAGUUGGAUGGAUGAUUUAGCACUUAAUGAGCUGGUUUCCCUUGAGAAGUGAGUACACAAUAGACCUCUGAACAGCAGGCUCAUUGUUUGUGUCAUUAAAACUGAUGUCGUGAUUAGCCAAUUACUGCACAGUUUAUUUUGGCAAAGAACCUUCGGGUGUUUGUUCUGGAUGAAUAAUUGCAGAUAUUUGGAAGACUCUUAGCCCAGUGAAAGCUGAUGGCAAAACUUGUGUUUUGCAACAUGCCUGCUAGAGAUCAGUAUUUUAAUUUGUAUUUGCCCUCUGAAGAGGUCAGGUUAGAACUGGUGCUCCAGAACACCAAUACCAUCAAUACAGACUUUAAAAUUUUUUUUCUAUUUCUCUAUGUGUUAAACUUGGAAUGGUCCAAUUUUCUGUAUUUCUCAACUAGAGUUGAAUUAACCUAUUCCUAGCAGAGCAAACCUGGGGGUACUGGAAGGCCAGAGGAACCUGUGCAGCUUUUACUAUUGUUCCCCAAAAAAACAGGUGGGACCUGACCUGUGGGCCAGUAACAAGAGUUAGCUGGAAUAAGUGGGCAGCCUAGUUCAUCAUGGCAGAAAGUAAAGAAAUAAACACUUGACAAAUUAUUCGGUGUUAGACCACUCAGGGUCCACCCUCCAAGGGUAAACUGCUUUUUUGCCCUUUUUUUUUUUUUUUUUUUUUUUAAGAAGUUUUUCUCCUAGUAGCAUGAAAAGAUCCAGGAAAUAUUCCCCAUGACAUUUUUAUUUAUUGUGGUGCCUCAGCCUCUGCAGUGGUGAGCACAGAACAUACUUCACAUGCUUCAAUUUUAACUGGGUGGGGGUUUGUGAGGUGGAUCCAAAGCUCUGUGGACAUGUGAUUACGAGCCAGUGGUCAGGUGUACGUGGUUUUCAGUGGUACACAGAGAAUUUAACUUGCUUUACAAAGUGGAAACAGCUGCAAAAGGUUAAUUGUGGGGGUGGGCAACAACAGCAACAAACCCAGACACCACAUGUGAGAUUAGGGCCUGUGAAUCUGAAGCUGGUGGAGGAGGGCAGUUCUCUGCAAGUGAUGGUAAGGUCCCAUUUUCUUCUUUAGCACUUCUUGUGAGUUGUUUAGGUGGGUAACAAAGGGUUCUGGGUACCUGAGGGGUCUGACUCAGUGUGUGCUUCCAUCACUCACAUCACUGAGUGUUACUGUGCUGGGGUGCUACAGCUCGGAAUGAAUUGGUGUGAGAAUAAACUGGGAGGUGAGCCCAGCUCCUCUGAGUCCAGUCAAAAGGGUUAAUAAAGCUUGGCCAUUACUAGACUUGUGAGGGCUGAAAAGCUUUAAUGUGGAAGUUAUGAGAUAGCAGAUGGGGCUGCAGGUGGGUGAUGAUGAUGAUAAAAUACAGAGAACUGGGCAUGUUGUUGAAUGCUGUGUUCUAGGUGUUUGAGCCUGUAUCAACCAGGUUUGUAAGAUCAGAAAUUAAGCAGCUAUUUAGCCAGGUGUUAACACUGUAACUGAACAGCUGGGGGGGACCCUUGAAUUAUGUAAAAUUAUUUUAUUUUUGUCUACUUCUGUCAUACUUGUUGUGCAAAUGCAGAAUAUAUAAGAUUGCAACUUU